ACAGUGAUUUGAGUUUCAAUAUAAAGCUUGUUUUAAACUAACAUUGUCAAAAUCAACAUGGCUCUGUGGGUACUGUUAGCCUUAGUGUCUCUGUCUUGUAAAAUAGAAGGAUCCUUCAAGAAAGGAACGUGUGCUUAUCCAGGAAACCUGCUGUGUGAUGACUUCAAAGUUCUUAACAACAUGUCGUGGUGGUAUGAUUGGAGUAUGGACUUAUCAUUCUAUUAUGACAAAGUAGGACAGCACUGUAAUGGUACCAAUCGUCUUGUACCCAAGCAUGUUCCCAUGGUGAAGAAAUACAACAAUCACACCAAUCUUACAAUCCAAACCUGGGGAAAGUUUGUAUUAGGCUUCAACGAGCCAGAUCGUGAAGCCCAUGGCAAUAUGACACCCCAGCAGGCUGCCGAUGCCUGGCCAGAGAUAGAGAAGAACUCACACGGGGCCAAGCUUGUCAGUCCUGCUGCUGGCGGAAAAUUUAAAUGGUACGAAGAAUUUUUCCGGCUUUGUAACGGCUGCAGGAUCGACUUCCUCGCAGCACAUAUGUACAACUGCGAUGCUAAUGCAAUUAUGUCGUACUUGCAACAACUGUUUCACAGAUACAACAAGAAAAUUUGGCUCACGGAAUUUGCAUGUCCACAAACACAUGAUGAAAAAAAACAGCUGCAUUUGAUGAAGACCCUUUUGCCACAGCUGGAAGCUGCAGAUUACGUAUUCAGGUAUUCGUGGUUCUCGGCUCGAAUUCCUCAAAAGCGCUACGACAGCUAUGUUACCCCGUCUGCAAGCUUGUUACAACCCAAUUCGUCAGAGCUCACAAUGAUUGGUCAGUUCUACAACAGCUUCCACGUGCAACAUGAUUACUCACAUAUGAUUGGUUAAUCACACAUGUGAAAUUGUGAAAUAAAAAUGUAUGAACCUUACCAAUUCUAACUUUGUUACGUUUUUGUUGGUGCUAUAACGAUCAUUAAAAAAAAUGCUGGAAA